UCUGUAGCGUAACGCUUUACUUUAUAAAUUUAUAGCGCUCGGAAGAAGGUACAAUCCCUUUCGUUAUACGGGCAAUGGCCGGUCGAUUAAUUAUAUGUUAGAAAGGAUUCUGAAAUAAAUCCAGCAGCAGAACAUUCUGUGAUCUGGUAACAGCAGCACGUAUUCGUUCGUUUCAACUACGUCUAAAAACCCCAAGAAAGAAACUUCUUUAAAAAGUAGUUUUAAGAAAUAGUGAAGAGGUCUUAAAAACUAAAGUGAAUACAUUACAGCUGGCGACGAGGAAAAAGAAGUGACAGUGUUUCUCAUACGGAAUAUUCCGUGUAGCAAGGAAAUUCCAGAGUGAGCUGAAACUCCCUUCUCGCUCCCACCGAUUUGGCCAUUUUGGUUUUACCAUCGACCAUAGUGUUCGAGUUUGCAUUCUAUCAGAGAGUCGGCGUGCCACCCAGCCACCCAUUAUACCGACCCACUCAGCCACGACGGGCGGGAAUCCAUCAUCUGGAGGUGAUCAGUAGUGAGCUAGUGAGAGAUCGUGUGGUAGAGCAAUUUGCGAGAGUGAGUUUUUGUUGAGCUCGGGCAGAGUUUGUAGAACUGGUGAGUGAGAGAUUCCGCGAUUGCGAGUAGUGAGAAAGGCUGAGCUGGCUGUGUCUCACUUGAGUCUCGCUUGUAAAAGUAAACAGUGCAAUCAACUGCAGCUGGUAGAGUUGCAUCUGCGGUGAGGAAAAAGUGCAUCAAGUAAGUGAUUUUAAUUUGGUUUUCUGCUGGUUGUUACUAGUACACCAUGCCCUCCUUUGGAACGUUAGACCAUUACGUGAAAGGCACGUCCUUCACGAAUUAUUUGGAGCGUUUGGAACACCUUAGCUCCUUUAAUAAUUGGACGGAGGAAAACAAGAAAUCGGUGCUGAUUGCUCUUACCGGCCCGGUUGUUUAUGAUGAACUUAAACUGAUGUUUCCAACCGUUGAAUUGGGAACGUUAAAUUAUGCGGACAUGGUGAAAAAGUUAAAGGAAAGGUUCGACAAGGUAGAUCCCGAUAUGAUGCAGCGAUUUUAUUUCUAUAAUCGAUUCCAAAAACUGGACGAAUCUGCUGAAAGCUUCAUUUUGUCAGUGAAGUUGCAGGCAGAGUUAUGCAAUUUUCAGCAGUUUAAGGAAACUGCAAAUAGGGAUCGAUUGAUAAUGGGGCUGCAUGAUCGGGAGUUGCAAAAGUCUUUACUAAUGUCGGAGACACUGACACUAGAUGCAAUUGAGAAGAAAUUGCUUAGCAGUGAGGUAGCCAACAGACAGACCAAAGCAAUGAACAGUGAGCCAAGAAGGGACGAAGUGCAUUCAGUGAAGAGCAGACUAGGUAAAAAAGUUGGUGAAAGUAGCCGGGACUAUGGGCGUGAUAGAUCGGACAGGCAAUACAGGGGCCGUAUUGUAAAUAGGAAUGAAAAGCGAGUUAGUUUCCGUGGUAGAUCUCCGUCUGAGUCCAAAAAUCGCAAUGCAUACGCUAAUGCAAUUUGUAAUUAUUGCAAAAAGCGAGGACAUUUGAGAAGGGACUGCUAUAGUUUGCGAAAUCGAAACUCGGUGUAUCAUGUAGAGAAGGUUGAAAAGGACACUAGCUAUGAUUUUAAACGGUCAGGCGGGCAUGAUAGUUCAGGUGAAGAAACAGAUGGAAUGGAGUGUUUGAUGAUUUCCACCGUUAACAAAAUUAAUGAACCGUGCAUGAUUAAAGCAAAAGUGCAAAACUGUAUGCUGAGGAUGGAAAUUGAUUCGGGGUCAGCUGUUUCUGUGAUCAGUGAGGCCGACUGUAGGAAAUUUUUCAACGCUAUUCCAAUACGCAGCUCUAGCAGACAGCUGAUUGUUGUUGAUGGAGCACGCUUGAGGAUUACAGGAGAAAUUUCUGUACAGGUUGAAUUGAACGGGUCAAUAGCAAAGCAAAAGCUUGUAGUUUUGCAGUGUAGCAACAGUUUUGUUCCUUUGAUUGGAAGAUCAUGGCUUGAUUGUUUCUUCCCUGGAUGGAGAUCGGGUUUCACGAGCACAGCGAUGGUGAAUAGUCUGAACGAGAAGAAAGAUUUUUCAGAACCUAUCGUAGGCUAUGAGGGGGAACUGAUCCUGAAGCAUGAACAACCGAUUUUCAAGAAGGCGUAUACGGUACCCUACAAGUUAAGAGACAAACUGGCGGAGCAUUUGGAGAUGCUGGAACAACAGAAGGACGACGAUCAUGGCCCACAGGAACCAAUUAAAGCUGGCUCACCUUCCGGUUCGAAGCUCGAUGUUGUUACUCCCAGAAGUCAGUCGGAAGCGCGGUCGAGCGGAGUCGGAGGAUUACCAAGGCUGUGCGGAUUCCGAGGCCGAGGAAGAGCCAUUCCUAGGGUUCCCGGAUGUGGCGAGUGAUCAGAUCCCCAACAGGACGAAACGACAGAAAACGAGCGGCAGCCUGAUGAUGACCAGGAGUCGCGCUCGGAAAUUAGAAGUUUAACCGGUCUGGUUUUGAAGAAAAAUAUGCACCUAGUGCGUUCGAAUCAUAAUGUAGUCGGAAGUGAAAAUGAAUUUUUGAAUGAUUUGAUUGUAUGUAGUUUCUCGAGAAGGAAGGACUGUAGCGUAACGCUUUACUUUAUAAAUUUAUAGCGCUCGGAAGAAGGUACAAUCCCUUUCGUUAUACGGGCAAUGGCCGGUCGAUUAAUUAUAUGUUAGAAAGGGUUCUGAAAUAAACCCAGCAGCAGAACAUUCUGUGAUCUGGUAACAGCAGCACGUAUUCGUUCGUUUCAACUACGUCUAAAAACCCCAAGAAAGAAACUUCUUUAAAAAGUAGUUUUAAGAAAUAGUGAAGAGGUCUUAAAAACUAAAGUGAAUACAUUACAAUAUCUAGUGUCAUCUUUCAGACCCAUCUUAUGCCUUAUCUUAU